CUCUCGCCCCCUGGCGGCGGCGCUCUGUGACGUGGCGCUUCCGGCGCGGGCGGCGGCGGCGGGAGGCGGUCGGGGAUGGCCUGACCGUGCCCCGCUGGGCACCGAGGGGCUGCGGGAGCCUCCGGGACCGCCGGGACUCUCCCGCCUGGCCCGGUGAGGUGAGCGCAGCGCCGCCGCUUCGGUGUCUCGGGAGCGAGGAGGAAAAUCCGCAGCGAGGAGCUCCCGUCCCUGCGGUCUCUGGGCACCGGGAGCGGCCCCGGGGUCCGUUCUGAGCCCGAAGGUGGCACCGGGGCAGCGCCGGGGGUCCCCGCUGCCGCCGCACAGCUCGGUCACACCGGGCACCGGGAGGUCGAGGAGAUGGAGCCCCCGGCCGCCCCCCUCAUCCUGGGGGUGGGGGACGAGGUGACGCUGGUGGCCGGGGUGGCCGUGCUGGUGCUGGCGCUGGUGCUGGCCUGGCUGUCCACGUACGUGGCCGAUGGCAGCAGCCAGCUCCUGGGCACCGGGGACGCGGCCGUCAUCCGCCUCGGGCCCCUCCCGCCCUACGCGGGGCCCGCGGGGGCGGCCGAGGCCCCGGAGCCCCCCGGGAGCCCCGAAAGCGCGGAGGAGAAAACAGAGGAGGAAGGGGGGGCGGCGGCACGGGGGGACAGCGGGAGCCCCCCCGAUCCCGGCCUGGAGCAGCUGCUGGACGUGCGGAGCUUGUCCCAGGGCCCCGCUGAGCCCGGUGCCCCCGCCGGGGCGGGGGACGCGUGCCCCGGGCUCAUCAAGAUCCGCCUCAAGUUCCUCAACGACACCGAGGAGGUGGCGGUGGCCCGGCCCGAGGACACCGUGGGGAUUCUCAAGAGCAAAUACUUCCCGGGCCAGGAGAGCCAGAUGAAGCUCAUCUACCGCGGGCAGCUGCUGCAGGACCAGGCGCGGACGCUGCGCUCGCUCCGCAUCACCGACAACUGUGUCAUCCACUGCCACCGCUCCCGGGGCGCCACCGCGGCCGCCCCCGCCCCGCCCGAGCCCGGCCCCGCCGGCCCCGCGGCCCCCGGGCUGCCCCUGGCCGGGGGGACGCUCAUGGUCCCCACGGUCAUGGUGGUGCUGGCGCUGGGCUGGUAUUUCCGCAUCAACUACCGGCAGCUCUUCACGGCCCCGGCCACCGUGUCCCUGAUCGGUGUCACCGUGCUGGUCACCUUCCUGGCCUUCGGGGUGUACGGACAGGCGGGGUGAGGCGGGGAGGCCCCGCGGUGUCCCUGUCCUCGCGCUGUGGCCGGAGCCAGCACGGUGGCAGCUCAGCGCCCGCGUCCCAGCCUUGCUGCCGGACUUUACCCCCCUAAAAAAAGGGGCUGUGCCCCCCCCCCCCAAACUCCACUGUCCCUCCCCAGCCCCAGUCCCAGCUCUGGGGGAGCGGGACAGCACUGGAACGGGCCGUGGCUUCUUCCCAAGGACUUUUUAAUGCAAAUAAAAGGGUGUCAAGUCA